UGGCAUUCCAAAUUUGGUGAACUACAGAUAUGGGUCCUCUGUUUUGUCUGUUGGGCGUUUUCGUCAUCACUGUUGCGGGUUCCUCAUGUUCCGAUAGGAAUUCCUGUUCGAUGAAGUUAUACGAAUUCGAAAACUGUCUCAAAACUCAGCAUACCGCUAUGGAAGUCCGUCUACAGGCACUGGAAACUGAGAUGAAAGAGUUGCAUGAAGAUACCAGCUACCAUGCCUCGUUCCUUGCGGGUAUUACUCCCUCUGUCAAACUUGUCAAUAGAAGCAUGCUGAUAUUCAACAACGUAAUGCUCAACAAGGGCGGUGGUUACAACGGUACAUCUGGCAUCUUUACCGCCCCCGUGAAGGGCGUGUACUCUUUUACACUCACAAUAGGCUUACAUGCUCCAGAGGUCGCGACCAAUAACCUUGAAUUUCAUAUCAUGAAAAGUACAGAAAUUGUUGGUUUCUUGUUCAUCGAAUGGGAGGGUAAAUGGUUGAAGAGAUCUGAGAGCACUGUGGUGGACCUUCAGGCGGGAGACCGAAUUCAUGUAAUGGUGGCCAUUGCGCCAGACGAGUUCGAUGAGCUUCCAGGUGCUUCCGACUAUCCCGGAAGUGCGUACAAUAACCACUUUUCUGGUUUCUUAAUUGAGCAUGAACAUUAACAGGAGGACAAGAGUCGAGUUAGUUUGCAUACUUUGUGGGAAAAGUGAUCCCAUUUGGUAUAAGGGUAAAUCAAGAUGAUUUAAAAACCAAAAUCAAUUGGAUAUUGCAAUAUGGUGUGUAUGCAACAAUGGCUGUUGUAUUUCCGCUUUACGUAAACGUACGAGUGACGAGAAAGAGAUGUAAUGUGCCUACUGAUUUGAUAGAUGAUAGAAUACAAUAAAUUACAAUUGUAAAAA